AUGCCUGUUAAAUCAGUUUCUGGACCACAGGUUCUCGAACAGCUUCUAUCCCAGUUCUAUCUGCCUGUUAAAUCCGUUUCUGGACCACAGGUUCUAAAACAGCUUCUAUCCCAGUUAUAUCUGCCUGUUAAAUCAGUUUCUGGACCACAGGUUCUCGAACAGCUUCUAUCCCAGUUCUAUCUGCCUGUUAAAUCAGUUUCUGGAUCACAGGUUCUAGAACAGCUUCUAUCCCAGUUCUAUCUGCCUGUUAAAUCAGUUUCUGGACCACAGGUUCUCGAACAGCUUCUAUCCCAGUUCUAUCUGCCUGUUAAAUCCGUUUCUGGUCCACAGGUUCUAAAACAGUUUCUAUCCCAGUUAUAUCUGCCUGUUAAAUCAGUUUCUGGACCACAGAUUCUAUCCCAGCUAUAUAUGCCUGUUAAAUCAGUUUCUGGACCACAGGUUCUCGAACAGCUUCUAUCCCAGUUCUAUCUGCCUGUUAAAUCCGUUUCUGGUCCACAGGUUCUAAAACAGUUUCUAUCCCAGUUAUAUCUGCCUGUUAAAUCAGUUUCUGGAUCACAGGCUCUAGAACAGCUUCUAUCCCAGUUCUAUCUGCCUGUUAAAUCAGUUUCUGGACCACAGAUUCUAUCCCAGCUCUAUAUGCCUGUUAAAUCAGUUUCUGGACCACAGGUUCUAGAACAGCUUCUAUCCCAGUUCUAUAUGCCUGUUAAAUCAGUUUCUGGAUCACAGGUUCUAGAACAGCUUCUGUCCCAGUUCUAUCUGCCUGUUAAAUCAGUUUCUGUACCACAGGUUCUAGAACAGCUUCUGUCCCAGUUCUAUCUGUCUGUUGAAUCAGUUUCUGGACCACGGGUUCUAGAACAGCUUCUAUCCCAGUUGUAUCUGCCUGUUAAAUUAGUUUCUGGAUCACAGGUUCUAGAACAGCUUCUGUCCCAGUUCUAUCUGUCUGUUGAAUCAGUUUCUGGACCACAGGUUCUAGAACAGCUUCUAUCCCAGUUCUAUCUGCCUGUUAAAUCAGUUUCUGGACCACAGAUUCUAUCCCAGCUCUAUAUGCCUGUUAAAUCAGUUUCUGGACCACAGGUUCUAGAACAGCUUCUAUCCCGGUUCUAUAUGCCUGUUAAAUCAGUUUCUGGAUCACAGGUUCUAGAACAGCUUCUGUCCCAGUUCUAUCUGCCUGUUAAAUCAGUUUCUGUACCACAGGUUCUAGAACAGCUUCUGUCCCAGUUCUAUCUGUCUGUUGAAUCAGUUUCUGGACCACGGGUUCUAGAACAGCUUCUAUCCCAGUUGUAUCUGCCUGUUAAAUUAGUUUCUGGAUCACAGGUUCUAGAACAGCUUCUGUCCCAGUUCUAUCUGCCUGUUAAAUCAGUUUCUGUACCACAGGUUCUAGAACAGCUUCUGUCCCAGUUCUAUCUGUCUGUUGAAUCAGUUUCUGGACCACAGGUUCUAGAACAGCUUCUAUCCCAGUUCUAUCUGCCUGUUAAAUCAGUUUCUGGACCACAGAUUCUAUCCCAGCUCUAUAUGCCUGUUAAAUCAGUUUCUGGACCACAGGUUCUAGAACAGCUUCUAUCCCAGUUCUAUAUGCCUGUUAAAUCAGUUUCUGGAUCACAGGUUCUAGAACAGCUUCUGUCCCAGUUCUAUCUGCCUGUUAAAUCAGUUUCUGUACCACAGGUUCUAGAACAGCUUCUGUCCCAGUUCUAUCUGUCUGUUGAAUCAGUUUCUGGACCACGGGUUCUAGAACAGCUUCUAUCCCAGUUGUAUCUGCCUGUUAAAUUAGUUUCUGGAUCACAGGUUCUAGAACAGCUUCUGUCCCAGUUCUAUCUGUCUGUUGAAUCAGUUUCUGGACCACAGGUUCUAGAACAGCUUCUAUCCCAGUUCUAUCUGCCUGUUAAAUUAGUUUCUGGAUCACAGGUUCUAGAACAGCUUCUGUCCCAGUUCUAUCUGUCUGUUGAAUCAGUUUCUGGACCACAGGUUCUAGAACAGCUUCUAUCCCAGUUCUAUCUGUCUGUUAAAUCAUCAACCUAAACUGUUUCCAUCAGACUAUUAGAACAUGACUGAACCUUUUGGUUCCUUUUCUGAUCUUUUACCACUUUGCAUUUUUAUGAUAUAUUUUACUGUUUGUGUUUGUACCACAGGAGGUUGGUGGGACCUUAAUUGGGGAGGACAGGCUUGUAAUGGCUGGAGGGGAAUAAGUAGAAUGGUAUCAAACACGUGGUUUCCAUGUGUUCCAUUUCAUUCACUCUGUUCCAGACAUUAUUAUGAGCCGUCCUCCCCUCACCAGCCUCCACUGGUAUGUACUGUCCUAUAUGUGAGAGAGAUCCAACAAGGAAUUACAAUGUAUGUAUUACUUUUAAUACCUGCAAAUGGCAAAUAAACUACUAGAACUCCUUAUGAAUGUCUGCAGCCGACUAGACUGUUGGCGUCUGACAAGAGAUGAAAAUAUUACAGGAAUAUUCUGCAAAUGUUGAUGAAGACGUCACUCAAUCCCCCCAAAACAACAUGCAGUCUUUCCACAAGACUCCCAUGAAGUUAUAGUGUGACGUUAUGAGUUGACGUUAAAGUAACAUUCUCAGAACAUACUGCACUUGUUUUAUACUGUUUUAGAUGGAUCCUCUGUUUAUCAUCUUGUUUUAUACUGUUUUAGAUGGAUCCUCUGUUUAUCAUCUUGUUUUAUACUGUUUUAGAUGGAUCCUCUGUUUAUCAUCUUGUUUUAGAUGGAUCCUCUGUUUAUCAUCUUGUUUUAUACUGUUUUAGAUGGAUCCUCUGUUUAUCAUCUUGUUUUAUACUGUUUUAGAUGGAUCCUCUGUUUAUCAUCUUGUUUUCUACUGUUUUAGAUGGAUCCUCUGUUUAUCAUAUUGACCCAAAAUAAAAUGUAACAUUUGACAUUGUA